UUAGGCCACGUACUCUAUUCCUGCCUCUCGGUGCGUCCGUCAUUUCUGUACGUUUGUUUCUGUGGUCUUUUUUUCCGCCGUACUCUGAUGUCCAGUUUCAGUUAAAUACAACAAAGAUGGCGACACGGACUAUGAAGGCAGUUCGAUGCCCUACAGAAGAUCUGUCAUUGACCAACUGCGCUGUCAUCAAUGAAAAGGAGCCAAACUUGGAACAACAUGUGGCCGUCCACAGCAACAAACAGGAGUUUGUGUUCACCUUGAAGACACAUCCCGAAGUGAGCGUCGGCUCCAUCGCUUUCAGCCUGCCACAGAGAAAAUGGGCGGGCAUUACCCUCGGAGAUGACUUCAGAGUCACAAACUACAAGUUUGACAAAUCCAAAGGGUGUAUAAGCAACGUGACUCUGGAAAUUGACUUCCUGCAGAAGAAGUACAUUGACAGUAACCCCUAUGAUUCUGACAAGAUGGCCAGCGAGUUCCUCCAACGCUUCUACAACCUGGCAUUCUCCGUCGGCCAGCAGCUGGUGUUUAGUUCCUCUGAUAAGCUCUUUAACUUGGUGGUGAAAGACAUCGAAGCCAUGGAUGCCAGCAUCCUGAGAGAAGGAAAGAUGUCUGACGCUUCAGGAAAGAAGAUAAAGGUCGGGUUGUUGCUGACAAACAGUCAAGUGGUUUUUGAGAAAUCUGAGAACUCUGCUGUUGUUUUGAUUGGAAAAUCUAAAACCCGAGAUGCUCGGCAGUCCAUCAUCAGCCCUGACUGGAACUUUGAGAAGAUGGGUAUUGGAGGCCUUGACAAGGAGUUUUCUGACAUAUUUCGCAGAGCCUUCGCCUCCCGAGUCUUCCCUCCAGACAUUGUUGAACAGAUGGGCUGCAAACAUGUGAAGGGAAUCCUGCUGUACGGACCUCCAGGCUGCGGUAAAACCCUCAUGGCGCGGCAGAUUGGCAAGAUGCUGAAGGCCCGAGAGCCAAAGAUCGUCAAUGGCCCAGAGAUUCUCAACAAGUACGUCGGAGAGUCUGAAGCUAACAUCAGGAAGCUGUUCGCAGACGCAGAAGAUGAGCAGAAGAGGCUCGGGGCCAACAGCGGUCUGCAUAUCAUCAUAUUCGACGAGAUCGAUGCCAUCUGUAAGCAGCGCGGCAGCAUGGCGGGCAGCACGGGGGUCCACGACACCGUGGUCAACCAGCUGCUGUCCAAGAUAGAUGGAGUGGAGCAGCUCAACAACAUCUUGGUCAUAGGUAUGACCAACAGGCCCGACCUGAUAGAUGAGGCCUUGCUGAGACCGGGACGACUGGAGGUGAAGAUGGAGAUUGGAUUACCAGACGAAAAGGGGCGUGUUCAGAUCCUUAACAUCCACACAGCCAAAAUGCGUCAAUACAACUUGCUGGCCAGUGAUGUAGACGUCAAAGAGCUUGCUGGGGAAACUAAAAACUACAGUGGUGCUGAGUUGGAAGGACUGGUCAGGGCUGCACAGUCCACCGCCAUGAACAGACACAUCAAGGCCAGCACCACAGUGGAGGUUGACAUUCAGACAGCAGAGAAGCUGCAGGUCAGCAGGCUUGAUUUCAUGGGCUCUCUGGAUAACGACAUCAAACCAGCAUAUGGAACUAACCAGGAAGAGUAUGCCAGUUACAUCAUGAACGGUAUAAUUCGGUGGGGUGACCCAGUUUCUGCAGCCCUGGAGGAUGGAGAGCUGCUGGUCCAGCAGGCGAAGAACAGUGAUCGUACACCACUGGUCUCUGUGCUCCUGGAAGGCCCACCUAACAGCGGGAAAACAGCGCUGGCAGCUAAGAUUGCUGAAGAUUCCCAGUUCCCUUUUAUCAAGAUCUGUUCACCCGACAAGAUGAUCGGACACUCUGAGAUUGCGAAGUGUCAAGCAAUUAAAAAGAUAUUUGAAGAUGCUUACAAAUCCCAGCUGAGCUGUGUGGUAGUGGAUGACAUUGAACGGUUGUUGGAUUAUGUUCCAAUUGGUCCUCGUUUCUCCAACUUGGUGCUACAGGCUCUGCUGGUUCUCCUGAAGAAACCGCCUCCAAAGGGACGUAAGUUACUGAUCAUCGGUACCACAAGUCGUAGAGAUGUGCUCCAGGAAAUGGAGAUGUUGGAUGCUUUCAGCACCACCAUCCACAUUCCUAACAUAUCAAGGGGGGACCAACUCGUACAGGCCCUGGAGCUGUUAGGGUCUUUCCAGGACAAAGAACGGCUCAGCAUAGCUAAAGCUGUUAACGAUCAAGGCUUGUGGAUCGGCAUAAAGAAGCUGCUCAUGCUGAUUGAAAUGGCCGUACAGAUGGAUCCUGACUACCGAGUCAGUAAAUUCAUGAGUCUACUGAGAGAUGAAGGAGGGCUGGGUUCUAAACUGGCAGUAAUCUAGACACAGUGAAGGAACAGAGUGAGAAAGAGGCAUCCUGCAUUGAGUAUUUUCCCAACAGCUUUGGGGAUCAAGAUGUUUUUGUCAUGUAUAAAACAAGCCUCUGUGUUCUUUUUGGUCAGCAGUGAUUUUAGCCUUCCAUCUCUCCCAUGGAUGCCAUUUUUACUGUCUCCUUAUUGUUGAACCAAGAAUACUGAACUGAGACAAGUAAGGACUGCAGUGAUUAUGAUGCUAUUCUGGGAUUCUUGUGACCUCCUGGAUGAGUCAUUGCGCUCUUGGAGUAGUGCUGGUUGACCGUUCACUCCUGGGAAGGUUCACCACCGCUCCAUGUUUCCUCUUUGUGUAGAAUGUCUCUCACUGUGGUUCACCACAGUCCUGAAGCCUUAGAAAUACCUCUGUAACCAUUUGCAGAGAGAUUGAUGACAGUGACUUUGUUUAUGAUCUGUAAUUGUUUUUUUGUUUUUUUUCAUAGGAAUAUAAUGUUACUUUUGGAGAUUGUUUAGCCUACUUCGUGUUCUCAGUCAGGUUCUACUUAAGUGAUUUAUAGAUUCUUCAGAUGUGAAAUACAUCCUCAAUUAAAUAUGUAAAAGAAAUCAUUGUCCUAUUAUUCUGGCAUUUAGCAAACAGAAAUAAUUUAGGUAAUACUAAGUAAGCUAAAAUAUAAAAUGUUUAGUCUGAUUUAAUGUUUUUAUUCAGUGCAUGUAAAUAUCUGGUUUUCUUAUGUAUGUAUAAUUUUGACCGUGUAUUGAUAAAAAAAUCCACGAUGAAUUCACACAUUUGUACCCAACUCAUGUUUUAAAAAAAAUAAUUGCAGUUGCUUAUUGUAGUUUCACCCUGGAAAAACAAGGAUUCAAAUUCAUCAUUAAAUACCCUUAACUAAUUAAAUACUUUACCCAUAA